AUCUCGCGAGAACCGGCCAACGCGCGAGAUCUGCUGUAAACCUGAAGAAGUCAAUGACCUCUGCCGUCCUUGGUGACUUGAGCUUUCCUUUAGCGUCCCCUGCGUAUUUGGCCGGAUUUGUAAACAACUUAAGUCUCCUGUAAACCUUAAGGUCUUCGUUGACCUUGUGUACGUAUGUACGAAUAAGUAGUGUUUCCGCUAAGCUCGGAGUUCGAGCCGAAACUGCCACUUCCGGUUGGCUUUAUCUUGGAAGCGUCGUCCAGUCUACGUCUCUCAGAGGUAUGGGCUCCAAGCCGUUCAAGAUACGUGCAGCGAAUGAUACCCAGAAGUACGGAGUGGCGGCACAGGAUCUCAACGAUCUGAUUGCAAAGGGAUGCAAGGUUCUAAAGGUCCCUAUCAAGGGCUGCAAAAUCUGCCUGCAGCAGGAUGGAACUCUCAUCAACAGCAGGGAAUUCUUCCAAGCACUCCCGCCGCUCUCCGUCUUAGUCUUCCUCAGAAAAGGAGAGAAGUGGACUGGAGAUGACUUUGGGAAGAUGAUCCUGUCUCUGUUGGAAGCCCCUGAAGAUCCUGUAAGGAAACAGCAGUUAACGGAGAGUCUUGAAGGCAUGAUUGCCAAGGAGUCGUCCCCAGAGAGGGUCCAUGCCCUGAACUUGUACCUGCAGAGUCUUCCAGACAACAUCGAUGCAGAAACCAGGGAGGAGGACCCAGACUGGUUUGAAGGUUUAGAGAAGAGAUAUAAAACCAAAAGUCAAGUGAUGGCCUGUAGUGCACAGGGGAGGAUAAGAGGCUACUAUUCAAAGACAAAAGAAUAUGUCUCCAACCUGGAGGAUCCUGUAGCCAAAAUAAUUCUGAAGAGAGUGCUAGAAAACUUCCGGCCGUGUCUGAAGAACAACGGCUACCACGGUGACUACUUCAGACGAACGGCAAAGCCCAAGAAGCGGCUGUGCACGCAGGCGGGCUGGUUCGUCUGCCACGGUCCGUACAACACGAAGACAUGUCAGGACAAACACAUGAUCAACCCGUACAGCAGCCGACAGAAGAGGGCAGUGUUCAGCACUUGGAACCUGGAUCACAGAGUUGAGAAGAGUCGAACCAUCCUUCCCAGCAUGCAGCAGGCUGCUGUUUCCUGUCCGAAGGGGAAACAGCUGAACUGGGAGUACUUCUACGAACUCUUGUUCACCACAGACAACCUCAAACUGGUGGAGAUCAGCUGUCACAAGAAGGAAGCACACAAGGGGUAUGAAUGUGACGAGAAAAAGUACUACACUAGUAAAUAGCAAGGUAGAUAGUUCACACAUAAGUCCGCAUUUCAUUUUGAAUACUGUGUUUUCAUUCAAACUUACAGUGUAUUUGAAUUCAGUAAUAUGGGCAAUGUAUUUCUUUUAGAAAUCCCCGCUUCUGUUCAUAUUGUUCUGUUGAACACACAAACACAUAAAGUGUAUGAUUAUUGUACACAUCAUUUACUUCUAUUCUCUUUGUAAAUGUUUUACUUGCUUAAGAGUUGGUGUCAAGGUGCCUUGCCUGUGAUACAUUAUACAUGUAUGUAUGAGAACAUACUUUUUAAGUUGUGUUUAGGUGGUUUGAAUGCUAUGCUAUUACAAAUGUAGUAGUAUUAUUGUCUUCUACUGUGCAUUUAUGAGGACAGUUUUGUUUUUAUUUGACAUAGCAGAAAAGUCUGCUGUGAAGUAUAAUCUAUGGUUGAUCGAGAUACAAUGUGUCUAUUACUUCUCUGUGGUCUAAAUAAAUCCCAUGUAAAAAGUGCCACAAACAGACUGUUUAGAAUGUGUUUCUAAGCUUUUAUAGAGCCCAUCAGCAAGGGAGAUACAAGACAACAUUAUUAA